AUGAACGGGAAAGUACAUAUCGGCUUUGCAUUGUUCGGACUUGGACGCGCGGGCAUGAUCCAUGCUAAUAAUAUAAUAAGAAACCCGCAAGCGAGGUUGAAGUACAUUGUGGAUAUUGACGAAAACAAAGCCAAGGAAUUCGUGGAAUCGAAUCUGUUGGACACUAAAGUUGUUCCUCCAUCCGAGGUGGAGACUGUGUUAAAUGAUCCAAGUGUUACCGCCGCUGUAAUUACCACUCCAACCCAUCUUCACGAAGACCUCGUUGUCAGCUCCUUGAAGGCGGGAAAAGCUGUCCUUUGUGAGAAACCAGUUGCUACUACCAUGGAAGCCAUAGGUUUGUAUUUUCGUUUGGUAUCAGACCGCGGGGGUACUCAACAAAGUUUUAUAAAGGGCGAGACUCCGCUCUGAGAGGUUCAACCCCUCACGCUUUUAUGGACUAUUUUUGACAGAAAACGGGUACCCCUGUCGUCCGUUACCUACUAUUGACAAACAUUUGCCAUAUUCAGAUAACUUUACGAACUUUGGAUCUCUUUAAAAGAACAGUAUCCCGUUACUGCGCAUGCACCAAACUUUGAUUUUUGGACAGGAUAUCGCGAAAUCAAAAGAUGCGAGGAGAGUAAGAGAACCUUGAAAAAUCCGUUUGCAUCGCGCUUGACCGGGUUCAAUACGACACUAAAACUUCUCAGGAUUACAGAUCAAUGAUAUAUUGUUCCUGUUAAGUUUCGAUUUGGGCAAAAUCUGGAUUUUUUGGCGUUACUUUUUUGCUGUUGGCCGGAGGACCAAAAGAUUGGAAGCACUUUGAUGCCGAUUGAAGGCUUAUUUCUUCUGCUAGCUUCCAUACAAGCUCGGAUAAUUGUGAAAGGAAUACGCAGAAAUGAAACGGCAACAAUAAAGACUGUAAGAAAGAAACCAUUGAGACAUUGAUGUGACUGAGGAGAUCUUGUGGAGGGGAGCUUCGUAAAGCAGAAUGUUUUGCAACGACGCGUUAGUAAACUUUUUUAAAUGAAUCUCCCUAACGGCCGACAAAAUCAAACAAACAGGCGCUACAUGUUUAGAAAAACUAGUGCCAUGAAAUCAUAAUAUAAUUUUUGACUAACCUCUCUGAUGAUUCAUAGCGUUGAGAUUGCAUUUUUAUUUAUGUCUUUCAAACGUUUGAGGCUAGAACGCGAGAAAAUCAGGCAGAUAUUACUAGACUUGGAACAACUGACCUCUGACGCGAGUUUCAAAUUUUAAAGCGAGCGGAACGAGAUUUUCGGGUCAGCUAGCGAUAAAAUCGCGAUAAGUCUUCGAACCGCGAGCCAAAUUUUUAUAUAAGAAGGAAGACUUCUUUGAAAGUCUAAAAUAUUACUUGAGAAUAUAAACAACAAAUCUCUGUCGGCGGUGCGGUCCGGAAGGAAAUCUUGUCGAGUCAAUAUGACAGUUCUAUUGUCUUUUGAAGAAAAAACAGAUGACGCUCGCGCGUGCGCAUAAUCGGGACACUGUCCCUUUAAGUGCUCAGGGGCUGAAAAUUCACUGUCUUUCAAGUAUGAAUAAAUCGUAAAACCAGAGCGUUUUCUGGACUUUUUCAAAGUCAUAAAAUGCAUCUGCUAGCCUGAGUGCCUUUUAGCAGACCGAAAUGACAGAUUUACCCACGCUUUCUAUACACUGUACUACAACUUGUGAAAUCCCUGCCCUUUCAUAUAGAGUGUUUUCACAUGACGUCACGGCGGCCAUAUUGGUGUCCCAAAACAAUGAAACGGCGGCCAUGUUGGUGUCCCAAACCAGUCCUCUGGGAGUUGAACUCUUUUCUUAUGCAAACGCUUUCUUUUGUUCCAAUAAAUUUGCAUAGAUGCUGGCCACGUGAGUGAAAACACUCUAUAGUUGAAGUAUAAAAAAAAGUACCCCCUUAGGUCCCCUCUUAAGCCAUUAUAGGGAGUUCACCCCCACCCCUCCCCCCCGUAUCCAAAGGUGUGAUCUACACCUUUUCACCUCCAUCCUCUCAACUUUUCUGUCAUUUAUUUUCAGAGCGUUGUUACCUAGAUGCAGAAAGCCGGAACAUUCCAUUGUUGUGUGCCUUUAAUCGACGAUUCGAUCCCACCAUCGCUUCAGUGGCCAACAAAGUGAGGAACGGCGACAUUGGUAAAGUUCAUAUAAUCAAGACCACAAGUCGCGACUCCCCCAUGCCUCCAAUAGAUUUCCUAAAGAUUUCAGGAGGGAUGUUCCACGACUGCUGCGUUCAUGAUGUUGAUGUGAUCUGCUGGAUCAUGGGGGAGGCUCCCCUUUCAGUGUACUGUGUGGCACACGCCUUUCAUUCGGAAAUAGGAGCCCUCAAUGAUGUUGAUACCGUGGGUGUGGUCAUGAAAUUUCCAAGUGGUGCUAUUGGCCAGAUCGAUUUGUCGCGCCAUGCGGUGUAUGGCUACGAUCAACGCGUUGAAGUAUUUGGUGCAGAUGGUAUGCUUAGUAGCGACAAUGUGUCAGCUUUUUCCUCUCGUCAUUUUAACUCGAGCGGGUACUCUGAACCUCCAUUAAAGGAUUCGUUUCCCCAGAGAUACGCCGAGGCGUAUGUUCUAGAGGUGGAGCAUUUAAUUAAUGCGAUAAAAAAGAAGGAAAUGUUAAGUAUUUCUAAAGAUGAUGUGCUUCGAUCAUGGCAUAUAGUUGAUGCUAUUGAGAAGUCUUUCCGUAGCGGUAGCCCAGUCUCUUUGAGCCUUUAGUUAAUAGUCAAAAAAAAAAAAAGCCUAAAAUUUCGUCUGAAUAGAGUACGUUAUAAUAGCCGAGUAGGUCGCCGAGUAGAGGAUAAGAGUAAGCAACCUCGUUCCCAGGAUUUUCUCCUACCCGCCCUACCGAGCGAGAGAGAGGGCGGGUAAGAGAGAACCCUGGGAACGAGGUUGAAGAGUAAGUAAAUUAAAAAUUACGGUUAUCUAAUUUAAUUAAGAUUUAUAUUCCAACGAAUUGAAUAAAUGAGUGAGUGAAUUAACUGAGAAAUUCACUGAAAUUAUCACUAAACGCAGGAGCUGGCUCCUGUUAAAAGCUGAUAAAUCGGUUCUGUUUUGUCACGUUCGAGGUCUGUGAAAAGGUUUCCGCGUAAUGAUUACAUAUAAGCCAGUGUUGGACUUGAUGACUACCCAUGAACAUUUCACGGUAACGUGAAAAAAUGUUAGCGUGAUUAGCUGUGAUUGUUCUAGCUGUACUUUCAACUUGAGAGACAUAUGCGAUAAAUGAUUCUUGUAUAUUAGCAUUUUCAAACCAAUAGAGAAUCAUUCUCUUGUCUUGUCUGAGUUACAAUGAAUAGUCCUUCACAUGCACUGCAUAAGGCGGUUAAAAGUAAGCAAUGAUUCUAACUGACUACCAAUUAAAUUUAGGUGGUUUUGCAAUUUUACUGUAAUUCUUUAUAAAUAGUUGUGCAAAUAAGGCUUGUUCGUUUGUUGCUGUUGUUGUUGUCUUUGUUAUGCCAUGACUGAAGUAAACACAGAAGCCGACAAGGAGGCUUCCAGCUUGCUUUCUUGCCUCUUGCUGAAAUUUCGGGUAGCUGACAGCACUUGACCCCGGGGAGUGGAGAAUUCGGCCUUUGCCUGGUUGUGGGGGGAAGGGGGGGGGUGAAUUUGAAUUGGAAGUGUCAUUCCUUCCCUCGCAUGCAGCCGUUUCUGUGUCGUCACGCAAGGCAUCCCCAUAGUUGUCUCCUACGCUGGGGACAGUCACGCAGUAAACAUUGCGUGAUUCCGGCGCGGCCCUAGUGGUUACGAAGAAGAUUAUUUUUACUUUGAGACGUCCAGAAAAUUCACCAUCAAUUAAGCCAUACUCUAAAUGCAGAGUUUACUUUCGAAAUAUUGGUGACACAAAAAUAUAUAUCUGCCUGGAUUUGCAAAAAGGUACCUCCAGGAUUUUUUAGUAACAGUCUCAUUUGAGACUUGUUCAGUACUUGACCAUUUUUUGUUUGUUUUUUGUUUUUUUUUGCUUUGUUUUGUUUUGUUUUUCAUCUUUUUAGUACAAAAAUCCCCUAACAAACUGCAGUAGAAAAAAACAAGGGUUAAAUAUGCUGUUUAUAUGCUGUUAAAUAUGCUGUGUGGAAACAUUGUGCCUGGUUGGUUGUGGAUAGUUUUAUCAGUGCCGCGAACUUGGUUAAUUGUGUGAUUUCCUGAAGUUGUUGACAGACGGAUUUCAGGUAUGUCGUGGCGCUCGUGUUAUAAGAAUAUUAGGGCCAUUUAUACGAGGAAAAAUAAGACGCGUCUUAAAUAGGACGCGAACUGUACCAUUAACACGAGCAUGUCUUAUCUAAUAAGACGCGUCUUAGGUAAGCCGCGUCUUAUUUUUCCUCGUAUAAAUGGCCCUAUUGUGUACAAGCAUCAUGAAGCAUAAAAACGCUUUGUGAGUGUUUAGUUAAAGUAGUUGUGCCUUAGACAACCGAUUGUGGGGUCAAGAAGGGCGGAUUCUAGGUCUGUUUCAGUCGGGCAUCUCGCUAGGAGCCUCAUAGUUUGAGAGAGUAAAAGGUCAUUAUUUCUAUGCUUUUAAAUGUUGUUCAUUUCGUUACAAAUCUGUCGCUUAUGCCAAGAGCAACUUUUCGUGUGUUGCCAGCGAUUUAUUUGUCCGUUUGAAGCCCUAACUAGCGACUUUCAACCGCUUUUUAUUCACCUCAAGGGUUAAAUUGUUAAAACGCACUUGAAAUUUCUGUAGGUACCUAGCUGUACCUUUUUAUAAAUUCAGACAUAUCUAUUCUCGCUUUGAAAUCAGCCUUGCUUCUUUUUGUUGUACAAGCUGUAAAGCAUUUUCUUCUUUGGGAGGGGUGUUUGACAGUCAAAUCCGGCGCUAUAGUACAUUUGACCACAAAAUUGGUACCAAUGUAACGGGAAUUUGAACAGGCAGUAUCUUAAAAAGUUCAAAAGCCCGGGGGUUGCCUGGUUUGAACCGGGGUCUAAUUUCUACCCCCAACAUAGCGUACAUUCAACUUGUCUACGUAUAUAUGUACAAAUGUAGCCGCACCUCCCCUAUCACAGCAAAAAUCUGGCCACAAAACCACAAACUGAUUUACGCCUGAUUGGCUUUUUUCUUGCAACACAAUACUGGUGUUCCAGGGACGGACCAUUAGAAAAGUUGUGGGAGAGGGGUGGGGAAUUUUCGAGUCGCAGGAAUUUUUUUUUCGUUAUCAAAUUCCUUGUAUGAAUUUUUCAGGCCGUAGCAUGAAUAUUUUGUAGGGUUAAUUGGCGUGCAUGAAUUUUUUGUCAUUUAAAUUUCCCUUGCGCGAACAUUUUUUUUUGUACUUCGCCCCCCCUCCCCUCCCCCCGCCCCCGCUUCACUGAUAAGUUUUCAAAUGGUCCGUCCCUUGACUGUAUAACAUAGCCUCCCACGCAGACGUUCUUAGCGGUGCGUCACGCGUUCCUUCCGUUCGCGGACUACAAAUGCCUAACCCGCAGUUUCAAUACAUACCAGUUCCAAGUUAUUUCAUGCAAAUAAGUGGCGGCCUAUUUCCUUCAAGUGCCUGCUGUGCUAUUGCAGGCAGAGGCUACACAUCAGCUGACCUUGAGUGAUCUUUGAAGAUUCAAAUGUGAUGUUAUCUUUGCUUUUUGUUUCAAACUUUUGAUGCACAUCGGGACGAAAUGCCACGCAUUCAACCGUCAAUUGUAGAUUCAUUAGCAUAAUUGUCACACCACAUGGUGGUUGUUUCAAUAGACGUUUGACAAUACACGCGGUAAGUUCAGUGUGAUCUGAAUUCUCCUUUAACUCGGUUAUAUAUGUAGUUAUUAUAAAAUACAGUCUCUCUGUGACAACGAAAACUUAAUUUGUAUGAACUGACAGGGGUACUUCGCUUCGCACUCUCUUCUGGAUCAAUCAAGGGCAUUUUACUCUCUGACUGGUAGCCAUUGCAAAGUAAGUGAUGUUCUAUUUCGUUUUCCCUGUAGCCUAAGAAAACAGCCCACAUUUCGCGGCACUACCAAUGGUUUAUUCCGUGGGGAAUCCAGUGGGAAAAUGUCGGCUGUUUUCUCAGGCUAUUUCCCCCGGUGUACCGGCUAAAAUAACGCAUAAAUUUAAGUGAUCUGAAAUCUAUAGUUAGCUUACUGUUUGUGUAACGAAAUGGUGACGAGUGAGCCCCGGAUCUUCAACUUUCGAAAUUCACAUUUUACGAACCGUUUAGGUCGACCCAAAUUACGAAGUUCGCUCUUUAGUUAAACAGCUGACAGAAGGCUGUCUUUUCCCUCAUCGGUUCAUGUGAAGUACGCGGCCUUUGACCCAGUAAGUUCGGCUGAUUGUUUCUUUUCUUAUUCUGUUUUUUUAUUCAAUCGGCUGAAAUAAACAAAUAGCUAUCUAGAGGGAGCAUAUGAUUUCAAUUCUUUUUCUCUCUGACAACACGUUUUUACCCGUCCGAAGUUUUUGCUGUGUUGGGGCAAGUGUAAUACGCCUUUUCUAGAAAUAAUCCAUCCCACCCCAUGACACAAAGCAAAGGUUUGCUUCAGAGGUUGAUUUUGCUCGUUGGCCACAUUUUACAGCAGGUUCUGUUUUAAAGAAAUGGUUCAGCGUCUCAAACUAUUGCAGGUAUCUUCCCAUUAAGUUUAAGCUCUCAAAUAUCAUAAUAGAACUACCAUAAAAAAUACCAGUUGUUCUUCAUUUUGGCCACAAGUGACCGUUUCGUGACUAUUUCACCGCCCUUUGAGCGUUGCGUGACGAGAGAAAAACAUAGCUGGCAUUCCAAUAUUUAGUUCUACUGACAAAAGACCCUAGUCUUAACACACUAAGCAUAAAAGAAAUUACAAUCUUCCUAAAACUUGCGUCUAAGGGCCUAUUUACAUGGAGGUGGGGGACCCCAGGUAGGUGAGGUAACCCGCUUAGGUGGGGUAACUCGGCUGUCCAUAUAAUCUCUCAUUUAAUUUGAUCACGUUUACAUGAUAGGUGGGGUGACCCGCCAAGGCGGGUAGCCCGGUCUGCCAGACCGGGUAACCCUCUCAGCCGGGAUCAAAUUUUGCCAUGUAAACGUUUCAAGGUGGGGUAACCCGCCCAGCCGGGGUCGGAUUCGGGAUACAUCAAAUUCGCGCAAAAUUCAUUUUGGCGGUGGCUUGGCAUUACUAAAGGUAACAAUAGAAUUAGAGAGCCCAUCUGGAGAGCCACAGCACUGAAGGUUGAAGCAAGAUCAGCAAGUGAGUGUAGAAGAGUAUUAAUCGCCAAAAAACGUGGUUUGCUAGCCUGGGAACGGCAGACGUUUCUCCUCGCUCAUCGCCUUUGAGGGACGUUUCGCGACGAUGAGCGAGGAGAAACGUCUACCGUUCGCGGGCUAGUGGUUUGCCAGCAUUUUUUCUUGUUUACGUGCUUAGCGACCAUUCAAUAAUCUUAAGAAAGUGCACCCCGGGAUGGCGUGGUUGUAAGAUUACAUGUAAAGGAGGGUUAUUUUUUUAUCCCCCCUAAGCGGGUUACCUCACCUAUCUGGGGUCCCCCACCUCCUUGUAAACAGGCCCUAAACAUACAUGUUCAUAGAAAUACCUUUGCCUUUUUUUCCGAUUUCUUUUGACUAAAAACCAAUAAACUAUAACUCAUCAACAAAGAACUUUUCGGUUGGAGAGAAGCGACGACCGGAAAUACGUCUGUUUCCGCGGGGUGGAGACUACUGGACCUGCUUUUCCUCUUCUUUUUACGAACUGACGCAUACCAUAUUUUCCAUAUUUGGACCCCUGUUCUACACGUGAAAGGAACGCAGCACUUCACGCAACAGGUCACGCUUCAUCUCUCAUGUCAUAUAGCCGAUGGCAAAUUUGUGUUUUUGUUGUUAUUUUGUGUUUUGUUUUUUUGGAAAAUUUCCUUUGUCUAAAAACAGAAGUAUAUAACUCUGAAGUGUAUAGAGGUAUAGCGCGGUUCAAGCGAAGUUUUUAUGGAGAACCAAUCAAAAUUUCCUUCCAAUAUCGGAAUUACUGAUACGCGAGGGUCGAGACUGUCGCGCGAGUGCUUAGGAAAACCUUAAACGGUAUCGCGUUAUCCUCCUGGCGGUAUAGUAAAGGGCAGUUUUUACGAAGUAAAAUUCGACCAGAAUCGGAAUAUUAGGGACUUUAAGAACGGUGACCGAACGUAAUUUUUUUUUUCGCUACCAGUCAAUGCCUCACGUCAGGGAGUUUAAGAUAACGUCGCUUAAAAGUGUAUUUGCGUUCUUUUAUUCUUUAUCGUGAUUAUUCCAACUCGCUUACUUUGUCAAAUGUUGGCGAACUCUCCUGAGGUUGAAGCCGUGCAGUGACCCCCCACGGCACUAGGGAAAUGUUAAGAAAAACAUUCGUAAAUUAAAAAAAGGGUGAUGCAUUGGCAAAUUCAGGGCUUGCUUGUCUUCACACCACUUGGUGAGUUGGCUGUAAUUUUCACUUGGUUGUCGUGCUUGACACCGAAAUUUGGGGCUUGUAAUCGAAAAAUGAGCCUUCAGAAAGUUCCAAGGAUGACCAAAAAAGGAUAAAAUGCGUUUAUCUUGCGAUUCUGUUUCAAAUAUAGACUAGCGCUCUAAGCAUGUAAAAUACAACGUACUAAAUACUUAACGUACAAGACACUACGGCCAGCCAUGAUCCUGAUGAUCUUCUACGUAUUCAGGAAGCGUAGUACGGCCAGACGAUAAGUUUAGUUAGCAAAUCAACAACUUUGCACGUCCAUCUUAUUCUUUCAUCAACAUUUCUUUGCGGCUAUCACUGCACGACCACGACGUCAAAAUGCCUAAUUUCACGUUUUAUUGAGGACUUAAACAAACCAAGACGAACUUUUUUCGUCUAUGAGUUUGCCUACAUUUGACCAACCUCGUCCCCAGGGCUUUUCCCUUAAAAAAAUGGGUAGGGCGGGAAAAGGCCCUGGCAUCGGCUGGUCACGUGUACAGCCUAAAUAUUCCUGAGAAGCUAAUUUAUAUGCAACCCGCUGGCUUUGCGCUGACAGAAGUCGAACGGAGCAACAAUGGAAAAUAAUAACAUCGCGAACCAUGUUAAUAUUUUCGCGUGUGUGCGCAGUUCAAAAGCUUAAGAUCCAUUUAUUUGCUUAUUAUUCAAAUGUUACAAAGCUCUACGUUAUCAGGUACAAAAUAUGUCAAAUACUUCAGAGUUGAGACAAGCUGUUAUCGAGAGUGGUACUUCAGAAAUUCAUCGUGACUGUGGAAUUACUGUACAAUCAAGCGGAAAGUGAUUUUGUCCAUGUCAAACAAAAAUGCGGGCCUUUGCCACCAGGAUCUGCAGUGAAUUUAACAAAUUGAACCGUAAUAGAAACAGAAUUGUUCAUCAAAAUGCUUUAUGGAGACUAUGGAGUCUGGUCUUCUCUACAACCCGACCAUGAAACAAACAAAUCUCCCCACCGGAUAAGUCAGCCCUCCAGCCAGGAACGAUGACAGGUCGCCGAUCUGAAACAUUUUAAGACCUCUUAUAUAUCUUUUCUCUUCCGAGGAUAAGUACAAAGGAUUUUCCUUAUAUCAAAGAGAAGAUUGACCGAUCGACUGGAAUCAACUGCAGCUCUGUGAAUUUUAAAUGGACCCAAGUUUUUCUUUGUUGCCAGUCGUUUGAUCGCAGAGGUCAAUCAAUUUUUUAAAAAUACAGGUCAUACAAGAUAAGUCUAAACCAACGCGUGUCGCUAUGAUAUGGCUGAGAGUUAAGGUAAAUAGAACUAGGCUGUGUACGGCGGUCCACUUCGCGAGAAAUGAAAUAAAAUAUCAGAAGAGUCGCGAAAACGAACUUUUCCAGUACAAACUUUAUGCCUGUACGAUAGCUUGUUUGUCAUUUAUAUGUACUUAUAUCGCUCUAUAAACGUUGUUAUAAGUGUUACUCGCUGUCCCCUUCAUAGAAAUCGGAGGAAAGCAAAAAAAUACCAUAGCCAGUAUCUGUGACGAAACGGAAAUCUUGUAAAACUUUUCGUUAAUCGUCAAGAGAUAUAAAAGGCCGCCCAAGAUCGCGCGCUGUGAGGUUACGCAUAAUUUUAGCUUUUCACAUAGCGCUAAUUUAUUACACCCAGGAUUUUAGGGUGUACGAGGGGACACGUGACCAGCCGAUGCCAGGGCCUUUUCCCGCCCCACCCAUUUUUUUAAGGGAAAAGCCCUGGGGACGAGGUUGACAUUUGACAAAAUAAGCGACUUGUAAUUAUCGCGAAAAAGUUUAAGGGAAUGUGAAUUGACUUUUUAUUGAAAAGCGACGUUUUGACCGCUGUCACUGUCGUGGUACUUGAGGCAUUCACGCGUGGCGGGAAAAAAAUACUUUCGGCCCUUUCGUAGUCGUUGCUAUAAGUCCCUAUUAUUCCAAAUUGACCGGUUUGACUUCCUCCGGGCAAGAUAAUGUCAGUUAAUCAUGAUAAGCUUAAGUUAUUGACGAAAUCUAGCGCGUGCUUCAAAUUCUAUGCGUGUGAAUUACUCAACUUGUUUUGCUUUUUCUCUCAUGGGAGUGUUCUUAGGGCUUCGUCACGCGUUCGUUGUCACGGAGUAUUGCGUGACGAGCCAAAAGAAGGCCUGCGUAGUAGGCUAGUCUUGUAGUUUUCAAAGGUUGAUAUCUUAAUGUAGAGAAAAAAAGUGAAAAGGCCGUUUAGAAUGACAUAAAAAAUGUUUUAAAUCUCCUUGCCAAGCAAAGUCACUAACAAAGUGCUUAUUUUAAUCCUUUUCCUCUUAUAGUUGCCAUGAGUCAAGGAUCACAUAUCGGCUUCACCGUGUUCGGCCUUGGACGCGCGGGCAUGAUCCAUGCCAAUAAUAUAAUAAGAAACCCGCAAGUGAGGUUGAAGUACAUUGUGGAUAUUGACGAAGACAAAGCCAAGGAGUUCGUGGAAUCGAAUCUGUUGGACACCAAAGUUGUCCCUCCGUCCGAUAUGGAGACUGCCUUGAGUGACCCAAGUGUUAAUGCCGCGGUGAUAACCACUCCGACACAUCUUCAUGAAAAACUGAUUGUAAGCUGUUUGAAGGCUGGAAAAGCUGUGCUUUGUGAGAAACCAAUUGCUACUACCAUGGAAGCUAUAGGUUAGUAUUUCCGCACAGUAUCAGAAAAAAAGGUGUGGUCUGCAAGAGACUUGCCUCGCCCCCUUAUAUCUCACCUGUUCUCUCAUUCAUUUUCAGAACGCUGUUACCAAGAUGCAGAAAACCGUAACAUUCCAUUGUUUUGUGCUUUUAACCGACGAUUCGAUCCGACGAUCGCCUCCGUGGCCAACAGCGUGAGAAAAGGCGACAUUGGUAAAGUUCACAUAAUCAAGACCACAAGUCGCGACGGCCACCCGCCUUCCGCAGAAUACAUAAAGAUUUCAGGAGGGAUGUUUUACGACUCCUGUAUACAUGACGUCGAUCUAAUCUGUUGGAUCAUGGGGGAGACUCCUCUUUCAGUUUACUGUGUGGCGCAUGCCUUCAAUUCGGAAAUAGGAGCCCUCAAUGAUGUUGAUACCUUGGGUGUGGUCAUGAAAUUUCCCAGCGGUGCUAUUGGUCAGAUCGAUAUGUCGCGCCAUGCGGUGUAUGGCUAUGACCAACGCGUUGAAGUAUUUGGUUCAGGUGGUAUGCUUAGUAGCGACAAUGUUUCAGCUUUUUCAUCUCAUCUUUAUAACUCUAGGGGAUGCUCCGAGCCUCCAUUAAAGGAGUCAUUUCCUCAGAGAUAUGCCGAGUCGUAUAAUCUGGAGAUGCACCAUUUUAUUAAUACAAUAAAAAAGAAGGAGAUGUUAAGUGUUUCUAAAGGUGAUGUGCUCCGCUCAUGCCAUGUAGUUGAAGCCAUUGAGAAGUCUUUCCGUAGCGGUAACCCAGUCUCUUUGAGCCCAUAGUUAAUAGUCAGAACAGCUUAUUGCUACGUUUCACAUUUGAAGCUUAUGUUUUGUGGGUUGUCAUGUGAGAUGCAACCCCUCACUCAGAAUCCUCUAGGUUUUUGGUCAGCGAGAUUACUUCAGCCAAGGAAAACUACAGUAUUUAUGACAUUUAUCGGCCACGAACAUUUUGAUUUGCUCCGCGCAGAAAAUAAUGCAUACGAAACAAAACGUUUGAAUCGCAGAGCCCGGAGACACUCCAUUUGCCUCUCGAUCUUCCUGGAAACUAAUAAAUAUUAACUCUCGUUGAGGAAAUAGUGUUCCUUUUAUUCAUGGCUUUCUCGGCGAGGAAUGUCAUUUUCACUUCACUAUUUAAGGGCUCUACUGAUUGUCCAUAUAUCUAGGGUUUCGCCACUAAUUUGGGUAACAAAUUUGAAUGUAUCUUUAUCCGGGACACCCAACGAUGAUAUAGUUCAAAACCACUUAAAAAUAGCAUUGUUGAACGUAUAAUAGUAUUUAAACCGUGCGGUAGAUUUAGUCAUAUUUUUAUCCCCUAAAAAUUUUUCAUCUGUUCGGAUUUCCUAGCUGAAAGUCUAGUGAUCCGAAAAUUAUAGGGAUCAAAACUUACCUUUUCGAAAAUUUCAGCCAGAAAAAAGGGUCCCGACAAUUCUAGGUGACCUUUUUUUAGGUAAAAAUCCGUUAAAAAUGGGCAAUUAUACCAUUUUGUUAGAUGUUCGAAAAUCCUAGGAGGAGCAGGCAAGCAAGAUAUUUUACAACAAAUGUUCCGAAAAUUCUAGAUCUCAAAUCGUCUUCGGAAUAGAUAUUUUCCGAAAAUUGACGUUGGGUGCCCCUGCUUUAGGGCUUGCUUAGUUCAUUUGUGCAAACAUUUGUGGCAUUUGCUUUCCCGUCUAAUUCAUUGUCGAGUGUUAUUUGUCCAUUUUCAUUAACUGAAGUGUUGAAACUUAUAAGUUAUUAAUUAUGUAAU